AUGGGGGACCCCCUGUCGGACUGCAGCCCCCUCAUCAGUGCAGCAGCCUCGAGUAAGCUCCGUCUGGUCCGCCUGCUGGUGGAAGGUGGGGCUCAGGUCAACAGACGUAAUCCCAGGGGAGAGACGGCUCUCCUGGCUGCUUGUAAGACUCUGAGAGGGGAGCCUGUUGGACCCGAAACUAUGAAACUCCUCACAUACCUGCUCCAGAACAAGGCUGAUCCCAAUGCACAGGACCGGACUGGCCGUACUGCUCUGAUGUACUCCUGUAUAGCACGAGCAGGGGCCCAGGUGGCAUCUACUUUGCUGUCUGCAGGGGCAGAUCCCAGUAUGGAAGACUACUCUGGAGCCUCAGCCCUGGUCUACUCCAUCAAUACACAGCACCUGCCCACACUGAAGGUGUUAAUGGAUGCAUGCCGGGCCAGGGGUCGUGACAUCCUCAUCAUCGCCACAGAGAUGGGUGUAAAUGGAGGACCAGUGACCAGGCGUUACCUGAAUGUUCCCCCGUCCCCUGAUACGUCACCGGUGUCCUGCAUGUCCCCAUCUGACAUUGUCCUCAAGACGGGUUCUCCCAACUCAUCAGAGGGAGAAAAUAUCUUUAACUUCAGAGGAACUAGUAAAAGAGGAAGCACCAGCAGCAGCAGCAGACUUCCCUCCUGUGAACUCUGUCCGGUGAGCCAGGGCAGCACCCCACCAGCCAGACAGAGAAUGUUAUCUGAACCAUGGCUGGCCAUUCACAACCUGGCCUGUCUGAACAGAGCUUAUGAGGAGGGUAUGAGGGAGAGGAGCCAGCAGGAGGACGGAGACAGAGAGGAUUUAAAGAGGGAUGAGGAAGAAGAAGAUGAGUCGUCACAUGUUCAUCAGUCUGGGAUGGAAAAGAGGAGGGAGAUCACGGUUCAAAGGAGGGAUAACAGAUAUGGAGGAGAGAAUUACAGCAGCUGCCAUGAGGAUUUCAUCCCGAGGGUCUCUCAGUCAGUCGUCUCCCUCACAGAGGUGUAUUCAUCUCCAGCAGCUCAGAGCAGAAUGGCUCCCAAGAAGAAUCUGACCCCUGGAGGAUCAACCGCAGACAAAAUGACUCCAAAAAGCUGUGCUGAUAAACUUCCCGCCUGCCCUCCUUAUUCUCAACGCCGCAGGAAUACUCUCCCCUCAGUCAUGGUAGUGCCACCUCUGCUUCACCUUCCUCCCUUAGUAAACCAGUCAGACUCUCACCUCCAGGUUCCUACACCAGUUUCACCCUCCAAGAGCAGGAGUAUGGUAUUUCUGCCUCACCCACCCAGCUCCUCCCCACCGUCCUCUUCAUCCAGACCAUCGGUGAGACCAGCAAUACUGUCCUUGUUGCCCCUCACCUCCUCCAUCACCUCCCUGGUCGCUCCUCCGGCCUCUUGCUGCAGUGAGAGAAGGUCACUGCGUCGUCACUCGGUGCAGCUUGAACAGAUUAGAGGAAGACAGCAGAUGAACCAUUUUGAUCUGUGA